UCCCCGCCCCUCCCUGGCUCCCGCCGGUCCCCGGAGCUGCCCGCUCCCCGCAUGGCCUCCGCCCCGGAGGACCCGAUUCUGGAACGUUAUUUUAAAGGUCACAAAGCCGCGAUCACCUCCGUGGGCUUCAGCCCCAACUGCAAACAACUUGCCACUGCUUCUUGGGACACCUUUCUCAUGCUAUGGAGUUUGAAGCCACACACUAGAGCUUACAGAUAUGUCGGCCACAAGGACGUCGUGACCAGCGUACAGUUUUCUCCCCAGGGAAACUUACUGGCGUCGGCUUCACGAGACAGAACUGUUAGACUCUGGGUUCCUGAUAGGACAGGGAAGUCCUCUGAAUUUAAAGCGCACACGGCUCCGGUUCGAAGUGUGGACUUUUCAGCCGAUGGCCAGCUUCUGGUUACAGCUUCCGAAGACAAAUCUAUCAAAAUAUGGAACAUGUACCGCCAGCGCUUCCUCUACUCUCUGUACCGACACACGCACUGGGUACGCUGUGCCAAAUUCUCGCCCGAUGGAAGAUUAAUCGUGUCGUGUAGUGAGGAUAAAACUAUCAAAAUUUGGGAUACUUCAAGUAAGCAGUGUGUGAAUAACUUCUCAGAUUCCGUCGGAUUUGCAAAUUUUGUGGACUUUAACCCUAAUGGUACAUGCAUAGCCUCAGCAGGUUCUGAUCACACUGUGAAAAUCUGGGAUAUCAGAGUGAAUAAAUUACUCCAGCACUAUCAAGUUCACAGCUGCGGUGUGAACUGUCUGUCAUUCCAUCCUUUGGGUAACAGCCUGGUCACUGCCUCUUCUGAUGGAACACUUAAGAUUCUGGAUCUCCUAGAGGGAAGACUCAUAUACACACUUCAAGGACAUACGGGACCUGUCUUUACGGUUACAUUCUCAAAGGAUGGAGAGCUGUUUACGUCAGGAGGUGCGGAUGCGCAGGUCUUGUUGUGGAGGGCUAACUUUAAUCAGUUGCGCUGUAAAGAUCCUAAUAAAAGAAACCUCAAAAGACUGCAUUUUGAUUCCUCACCACACCUUCUCGACAUCUACCCACGAUCACCACAUCCCCAUGGAGAGAAAAAGGAGACUGUUGAAAUUAAUCCCAAACUGGAGGUGAUGGAUUUGCAGAGUUGUUCUCCCCCUGUCGUGGACGUCCUUUCUUUUGAUUCUACCACAACAACGGAUUCCACUGGCCGAGCUGUACCAGAGAAGGGUGGAGACAUUUGUGGGUAUUUCUUGAACCCUUCCUUAAUACCGGAAUGCUCAUCAACAACUGUGAAAAAGAAAACAGAAGAUUUAAGUGACCUCCCCUCGGAAAGCCAAAGAAGUGUGCCACUGGCUGUGACUGAUGCCCUGGAGCAUAUCAUGGAACAGCUCAACGUUUUAACACAGACUGUUUCAAUUCUGGAGCAGCGACUGACUUUGACAGAAGAUAAGCUGAAAGGCUGCCUUGAGAAUCAGCAAAAGCUUUUCAGUGUCAUCCAGCAGAGAAGUUGACCAAGAAAGUGUGUGCGCACAGGCCAAUAAAUGAUGACACAUUCGCAUGCUCAGGCAGGUAGCAAAGGCGGUCCACCCCACCAAGCACUAAUUAGCACAGCUUCUUCAGAGGGUGAGCGACAGAACAAAAGGUUGAAGCCAUUUUUCAGAACCAACUUAAACACAUAAAUCAAUGUCAAGGAUCAAUUUAAGCUCCUCCCAGUUAUAAUUGCAGUAAUAAAAUUAUAAGGCAUUUAAAUCACCCCAUUUCCCCCCACACACACACACAUGCACUCAUAUUAUUUGAAAUGUCAGCUUUUAUUUAAAGUGCAAAUCCCCACCAGGAAAGUAACCAGACCUCAAGAUUUCGUUGUUAAAUUAUUUCGAUUGACCAUGUUCAGGCAAUUAAUUACCUGAAGAUAAUUAAUGUAUUUCUUAGGCGAACACACCCUUGGUGUGAAAUCCUUCACUUCCUUUUGAAUAGCAUCUGAAAUGUAGAAAAUGCAUUAUUGAGCUGGCUCAUAUUUCUUUCAGGUCAGAAAAACUACACUCUUACUAAUGCCUUGAAAAGAUGCUCCCAGAGAGUUUCCACAGCCAGAAUAAGCUUAUUUUGAUUAGCAACGGUGCAGAGCAGUUUUCCUUGUUUGCUGGGAGUGAGAACCAUGUGAAGCAUGAAUUACAGGUGGACACGCUGAGUGGUCUGGGUCAUACUGAACUUUGUGAUCCAAGUUCACAGAGAUUAUGUUUGUGUGAUUUCAGUGUGCUAAAAAGGCAAAAUGAUGAACAAUACAUACUCAAGUAGAUACACAUAAAUCACGUCUAUUAUUGCUUAGGGUGAUGCUCGUGGCUGAAUAAGUAUAUUUUUAUCUAGAAAGAAAUUGCAUCUUUUAUUUGAUUUUUUUUAAUGAAUUGUGAUUUGAAGUGAAAACGAGUCAGGCAUUCUGAAAGAUCUUGGUUACAAGUUAAGAAUAUGUCUUUCUCUUUAAACAAAUAGGCAAUCAGACUAGAAAAGAGGCAAAUUCAAGGCAGCUAGCUUUGGGCAUGGAGAACAAAGGCCAAACACAUCUGUGUAUCGGGCAGAUGCUAUCUGUGGAGAGAAAACGAAGCCCUAGCAGUGUGGGAACAGAGAAAUCUUUCUCCAGGUAGUUUCAGUUGUAUACCUGUGAACUGGCUUUAUCUUCUCUCUCACUGUAUGUUGUAAAUGCCUUUUCUGUCCUGUAAGUGUGAUUGUCUAGACAUUUUUUACAAGCUCACAAAACUAAGUGGCCCUGUAUUUUUAUACCUUUAUUGAGAAGACUACAUCAAAAAUGAAAUGUAAUACCAACUUUUGUUUACUCUUUUUUUAUGUUUCAAAUAAUAAAGACAUUUUAAAAAAUAA